UCCCUUUCGUGUCACAAGAUCCUUCGUGUCAACCGAGAGAGGAUAAACCACCGGAUAAGACUUCUCAGACCACAACACAAGGUACCUGGGAGCUGAUACACUUACAAUACCGGUACUUUGUUGUAGCUGGAUGUAUUGUAUCCACCCCUGUAAGUAUCAGAGCCAUGUCUACACCAGUGGUACCAGAUGGAGGAGGCUUUGUGGUGAUCUCUCAGGUGAGACCACAAAACGAUCAGGGUAAUGGACCUGGAGAAGGACAGUACUAUAAUGCCCCGGUCAGCCUGCCCAAAACAGUUGUUACAUUUUACAAGGGAGAACCGGAAGUUCUGGGGACGACUCAGCUAUUUGUAGGCAUCCUCCUUAUAUCCAUUGGCAUUCCUGUGACAAUCAUUGAAAGUGAAAAUAGGCUUUUCAUGCCAUUGAUAUGCUAUAGCGGUAUCGCCAUAUGGUCUGGAAUAUUGUGCAUUAUUUCUGGAUCACUGUCAGUAGCUGCUUCAGUAAAACCAACUUUGGGAAAGGUAAAGGCGAGCUUGGUGAUGAACAUCUUCAGCUCUCUAGCUACAGUGUGCGGAAUAAUACUUACUGCACUUCAGCUUGCUCUGAUGAACUACAGAAACUCUCCAAGCUACAGGAAAGAUCAAUAUUGUGCACAUUAUCAAAGUAAUAUACAAUGUCUAGGAAUCUUUACUCCUUUGCAUGUUGUUACUGGACUUUCAGUAUUUUUUUUAAUGCUAUUUACGCUGGUGUUUUGUAUUGCCAUAUCCACAAGUGUGUUUGCAUGCAGAACUGCCUGCCGAUCUUCUUUGACUGAAAUGCAUGUGGUCAUCUAUCAAACCACUUCUUUGCAAGAAUCUGAUGCAACCAGAGAUAUUCCUUUUUAAUCUACAGCAUCCUUGACAUCUGAUUUACGGGCACGGACAUGAAGCCACUAGUCACUGCAGAGGAGUACAUUUGUCAAUGGCAAUACCUUUAUAAGCAACCUGUGACUUUCUAACAUUUCUACUGACUACAAUUUAUUACUUUUCAAAUUUUCAAUCGAUGUGCACUGUUUUAGUAUACAGUAUCUCACAUAAGUAAGUUUACCCCUCACAUGGCUGUCAUUCCUUCUGGAACGACAGCCAUGCAGACCAAUUUGAUGCAGUGUGCGGUGUAUGGUCUGAGCACUGUCGCCCCUUCAACCUCUGCAGCAAUGCUGACAGAACUCAUACCUAUAUUUUCCAAAGACAAUCACUGACUAUGAUGAUGAGCAUGUGCACUCAACAUCUUUGGUCGAUCACGGCGAGGCCUGUUCUGAUAAAAACCUGUACUGUCAAACCUCUGUAUGGUCUUGUCCUUCAUGUUGAAGCUCAGUUGAAGAGUCUUGGCAAUCUUCUUAUAGCCUAGGCCAUCUUUAUGUAGAGAAACAAAUAAUUUUUUUCACAUUCUUAGAGAGUUCUUUGCCAUGAAGUGCCAGGUUGAACAUCCAGGGACCAACAUUAGAGAGUGUGAGAGAGAUAACACUAAAUGUAAGACACCUGCUCCCCAUUCACACCUUAGACCUUGUGACACUAACAUGCCACAUGAUACUGGGGAGGAAAAAUGGCUAAUACGGCCCACACUUAUGUGAGAUUCUGUAUAUUCUAUAAAAUAUUUACUAUAUACAGUAUUAUAGGAUGUUUAUGAGCUAAUUUCAAAUCCAGUAGCCAAUUAAAACAAGCAGAGCUACAGUGUAAAGUAUGAAGUGGAUUUCAGACCAUCCAGGAUUUGUCAAAUGUGACAUGAAGAACAGGUCUGUAUGUGAUAUCCAUCAUGAAACAGAUCCAGCACCAUGUCAUGUUUUUUUGUUCUAAAUGGAAAAUGUGAAAAGAACUUUGGCUAGCAGGACAAUAAAUAGUGUUCUCUAUAGAUUUUAACCAUAUAAAGGGGUCUCUUUAAAGAAGUUCUCCGAUUGAAUGAAAAAGUAAACUACAGCCUGCUAGGGCUGUAGUGGUCUCCAAACUCUGGACCUCAAGAUGUUGCAAAACUACAACUCCCAGCAUGACUGCCGGGCAUGCUGGGAGUUGUAGUUUUACAAUCCAGAAAAUGAUGGAUUUUUGCCACAGUUGCAAAGCAGUUGGGUUAUGUUGCAAUGCAAUACCAUUCACUAUCAUUACGUGUGACCUCGCGGUAUAAUACUGUGAUCUUUGUGCCUUGUGAUCAAGGUCUCCGUGUAGCCCUUGCCUUGAAGCAAUUUUGCAUCUUCUUUGUGUACUUACUAUAUCCUAAGACUGGUGUAAAAACUAUUAAAGUGUACUUGUCAUUUAAAAACUUUUGACAUGUCAAAUUUAUAAUCAGUCAGGGUCUCAAUUUUGAGAACCCCAACUAUCAGGAGAACAAGCAGGAAGAAGGGCGUGGUAGCCCACUUUACUCCUUGGUUCUCAUCGAUCAUUGUCUUUCUGCUCCAUUAUAAGUCUAUGGGACAGCAAGACAAAGAUCACUGACAGUUACUACACACCACUAUUGGUUGGGGGUCCCGCUGCCGAGACCCUCACCGAUCAGGAAAACGAGCAGGUAGAUGUGUGAAGUAGCAGUCAGUGAUCUUUUUCUCGCUGCCCCAUAGACUUAUAAUGGAGCAGAAAGACUCUAAACAUCAUUAAAAAAAAAUAAAAAAAAGUAAAGUCAAACAUAAGAAAUAGACACUAUUUUUUUAGCUAAGCAACUGUUUUUUUAGGAAAUAUCACAAAAUGCUGUAAAACUUAUAUAUAUCUGGUAUUUACAUAAACAUUAUUAUUCAUACCAUAA